CGCGGGACUGAUAAAAUUAGGAUUCCCGAGAAGGUGUUGGCGCCCUGGGAGUUAACAAAGCGUGGUGGCGUCCAAGGAAUACAAAAUAAAAAAGGUUCUCGACAUUGCAGAGAUAGAAGUGAAAAAAAAAAUUAAAGAUGAAAGCAUUUCAGACCAUUUGCAGGCAUCUCAGAAGUUUAAAGGGAUUUUCUGUAGAGCCAGCUCCCCUUGUGAAUUUCUCCACUUCCCUUUAUUCAUGUGGCCGGAAGAAAAAAAACCCUUAUGAAGAAGUGGACCAAACAAAAUACUCUAGUUUAGUAAGGUCUGUUUUGUCAUUCAGAGGCCUUGCCCAGACUCCAGAAUCAUUGUUUGAGGAAGAUUGUUUACUCUAUGGACCCGUGACUAAACAUAAACUCUCAAAGCAAGAUAAGGGGGCAAGAGUCCCACGAAACUGGUUUCCCAUCUUCAAUCCAGAGAGAAAUGACUCUUCUGAUCCAAAUGAUUCUUCAAUGCCUUUGAAAAUCCCUUUGCAAAGGAAUAUGAUACCAAGUGUGACCCGGGUACUUCAGCAGACCAUGACAUCACAACAGGUUUUCUAUUUGGAGAGGUGGAAACAGCGAAUGAUUCUGGAGCUGGGAGAAGAUGGCUUUGCAGAAUACACCUCAAACAUCUUUUUACAAGGGAAACAGUUCCAUGAAGCCUUGGAAAGCAUACUUUCACCCCAGGGGAGCAUAAAAGAGAGAGAUGAAAAACUCCUCAAAUGUGGCUACAUCGAAAGCAUCCAACAUAUUCUGAAAGAUGUCAGUGGAGUGCGGGCUCUUGAAAGUGCUGUUCAGCAUGAGACCUUAAAGUAUGUAGGUCUACUGGACUGUGUGGCUGAGUAUCAGGGCAAGUUGUGUGUGAUUGAUUGGAAGACAUCAGAGAAACCAAAGCCUUUUAUCCAAAAUACAUAUGACAACCCUCUACAAGUUGUGGCAUAUGUGGGUGCCAUAAACCAUGAUGCCAACUACAGUUUUCAGGUUCAGUGUGGCCUGAUUGUGGUAGCUUACAAAGAUGGAUCCCCUGCCCACCCACAUUUCAUGGAUGCAGAGCUCUGUUCCCAGUACUGGACCAAGUGGCUUCUUCGGCUAGAAGAAUAUGCAGAAAAGAAAAAGAACCACCAUAUUCAAAAAACAGAUUAGAGUUGGUUACAGUGGUGUAGACCUGUAAUCCCRUCUGUUUGGGAGGCAGAGGCAGGAGAAUCACAAAUUCAAGGAUAGCUUGGGUAACAGUAAAAUCUUGUUUCCAAAUAAAAAAUAAGGGCUGGGAGUAUAACUCAGUGGUAGAGCACCACUGGGUUCAAUCCCCAGUACUGGAAAAGAAAGAAAACAGGAUAGUAUACCUUUUAGGAAUAUCAAGUACUUUCUCAUUGUUUAGACAGAUUCAUUGCUAG